AUGCAAAUAUUGUAUUGGUCAUAUAUAGCCAUGAGCGUGUUAUCCAGUGCCACCAUGUAUCUCAUCCUUUGGUCGACACUUGUAUUCCCCAUUCAUACCAUGACCCCAACUUGGGUAUUUCCGGCGUAUCCGCUUCUUCUCACGGCUCCUUUCGCCUCACAACUUAUUACGGCUGCGUCACAGACAGACCAGCAGCAGGUAGUCCUAAAUAAAACGGCAAUUGCUUUAUGCGCUGUUGCUACUCAAGGCGCCGGAUGUUUAAUUGCCUUCAUGAUUUCGGCUGCCUUCAUUUAUCGGUUGAUGACACAAAAACUCCCUCGGGACUUUCAGCGGCCUGGUGUGUUCAUUUCGAUCGGUCCAUUUGCGUUCACAGUCGGAGGACUUGUCCAACUCGGAAACCAAGCGGACAAGAUUCUCCCUCACGACUUCUUAGGCACUGACCUAGCCGUGCCUAUCGUCAAAGUAUUUUCUGUUAUGAUCGGAUUAUGGCUUUGGGGUCUGUCUGUUUGGUUCUUCAUCGUCUCUGUCGGGUCGCUAUGGAAGUAUGUACGCCCGGAACGCAAGAUGCCUUUUCAGAUGACCUGGUGGUCAUUCGUGUUCCCAAACACAGCGCUCGUUACCGCCACCACUGCUCUCGGGAAUGUUUUACAGAACAAAGGCCUGCAAAUAUUUGGGUGUACUAUGGCUGCUUGUUUGAUCAUUGUCUGGAUCAUUGUGUUUGUCACCAUGCUUCGAUGCUUAUAUAAGAAAGAGUUGUUGUGGCCGAAAGAUACCCAGUAG